AUGAUUGAUCUAAAUGUUGGGUUGGAAGAAAAUGGUGAAGGGGUUAGCAUGUGCCAUGACUCUGAUAAUUCUAGUGAUGAGUUCGACCUAAAUCUCGAUGUCGGGGAUGGUGAUCGAGUGGGUGAUGAAUUGGUCAAUCGAGUCCUUGAAGAUGUUGAACCUGGUAAUAUUGAAAAAAUAGUCCCUCCAUAUGUGGGUAAGGUGUUUUGUUCAGCUGAUGAAAUUAUUAAUGAUUGUCAUGAAUAUGCACGCGAGAGUGGAUUCCAAAUUAGAAUUAGAAGCUCUGACAGAAAGAAGGAAAGUGAAAACACAACAAAGGAGAAUGGCAUUGAAAGAAAUCGUAACAUCAUAGACUAUAGUGAUUGUGUAAGGUUAAGGUUGGUAUGUUCCAAAGAGGGAAAAUUUAUUUCGAAAUCAAAUAAUCCUCGACGACCAGCGACCACUGCCGUUACGGGGUGCCAAUUCAAAGUGAAUGCGUCAUUAUGUCAAGAUGGCUUAUGGAAGCUAACAAAGGUUAUUUUAGACCAUAACCACCCUUGUGAGCCAAAAAAUGUCAAAUUCAUGGGGAACUAUAAGCACAUAAGUGAGGAUGACAAGAAGAGAAUUUUGAAAAAUGACACCGCCGGUAUUCCAAUUGCGAAGAACUUUAAUUCUUUUGUGGUUAAAUAUGGUGGCCAUGAUAAUAUUCCUUUCGAUGAGCGGGAUUGUCGUAACUUGAUUAGUAAAACCCGGAGACUAAGCUUGGAAGAAGGAUACUUUGUUGCCAUGAGGAGGCAUUUUUGUGAGAUGAUAUCAAGCAACUCAAACUUCUUUUACAUGUAUGACACUGAUGAAAAAAGUUCAUUAACGAAUGUAUUUUGGGCUGAUGGAAGGAGUAGAGCUGCUUGCAAGGAUUUCGGAGAUGUGAUCACAUUUGAUACUACUUAUGUAUCAAAUAGGUAUAGGAUGCCAUUUGCGCCUUUUAUUGGAGUUAAUAACCACGGUCAAUCUAUUUUAUUAGGUUGUGCACUCUUAUCAGGAGAAGAAGCUUCAACAUUUGUGUGGUUAUUUAAAGCAUGGAUGACAUGCAUGUUCGAUAAGGCUCCAAAGGCUAUCCUAACUGAUCAAUGUCAAUCCAUUGGUAAAGCUAUAGCAGAGGUGUUUUUGGAUGCACAAAAUAGGUGGUGCAUUUGGCAUAUAAUGAAAAAUGCAAAGAAUAAUUUGAAUAAGCAUUCAAAAUAUGAAGAUGUCAUGAAAGAAUUGAAAAAUACUCUCCAUGAUUCACUUACUAUUGCUGAGUUUGAAAAUGCUUGGCAUGAGUGGAUUCACACAUUUAGCCUUGAGGAAUACAAAUGGUGUCAAGAGAUGUAUGAUAAAAGGGAACGAUGGGUUCCCGUGUACUUCAAAAAUGAGUUUUGGGCAGGGAUGUCCUCUACUCAGAGAAGUGAGGGCAUGAACUUCUUUUUCAAAGGAUUUGUCAAUAUUAACACAACUCUUAAAUAA